CUUGUAAUAGAAGAUUUAUGUGAAAAUAUUUUUGAUAUAUCACAAAAUAGCGAAACCGUCGAGAAACAAAAUGAGGAAAUAAGUUCUCAAAAUAAAUCAGUAAAUAAAGGUGAACGUCCAAGAUCUGAUAUUUGGAAUUAUUUUAUUCAUAGAGAAUCUGAUGGUAAAGGCUAUUAUAAUGCAAAUUGUCAAUACUGUAUUAAAGAAAGGUGGAAACGAGGCAGACCUUUAGUUUUGGAAUCACACUUGGCUCUGCAUUGCAAAGGCAAUGAUACCGACCAUAGUGACGAUGAAAGUGCAUCACCAUCCUCUAAACCUUUAGAAUCUGUAUUAGAUGAGAGAAAUAAUGAAAUUAACAAAGCUUUACUUAAAGCCUUCGUUUGUGCUGGGAUUUCAUUUUCUGUAAUUGAUAAUCCAUUUGUUCAGGAUCUUUUUAAUAUAAUUGAACCAAAAUAUAAUCCCCCUAGAAGGCUUACAUUAGCAGAGAGGAUGCUUGACGAAGAAAUGGCUUGUAUAACAGUUUGA